AUGUCAAAUUCUAAAUUUGAAGAGAAUUAUGUUUUAUCAAGUGAUAAUAAUGAGAGAUUAACUCAUUUGAAUACUUUGAUUGCUGGAAGUGUUGACUAUUACUAUUAUAAUUGUCUGCAUUUACUUAAUGUCGAUCCAUCGUUGGCUGACAAAUCGAACAAAUCACGCUUCGAUCAACUUCUCAAAGACUGGACAAACGAUCCAUCGGCAUUCGACUACAGUCUUCACAAUGAAAUCAGUAAUCGUGCUCUCCUCCUUGGAUACACCAAAGACAAUUCCAAUGCAGUGUUUGAAUCGCUAAAGAAUCAAUUGUCAUUGCAAUUCCACUAUGCUCCAACCUCUGCAACCACUGGUGGUGGUGAUUCAAAUAGUAACAACAACGCACCAACAUAUCCAUCGAAAUUGGAUGAAUCAAAAGUUGACAAGAAAGCAAUCGUUAAACAUAUGUUGGAGACAUAUCCAAAUGAACUGAGAUUCGAACGCAAUGCUAUUCCCUACGUUGUUAACAACUACAAGUUGACAGCACAACAGAUCAAAGCUGCACUCGGUCUCGUUUCAUAUCCAGUCUAUGAUAACAUUGUCGAGUACAUCUUGCAGUCCGAUUUGCGUAGCAACAGCAGUCUCUUUAACAAUCUGACAUUGGCACAUCUCGAUAAGCUUUCAUCAUCCAAGCCAGAUUUGGUUGACGCACGUUUCAUCACCCUGUACAUUAACAAAUUGUUGCCAUCACAAGAGGUCGUCUCCGACUGGAAGUCAGAGAGUGCACUCGGCGAGCAAACUUUCAAAACCGUAUAUGCCUACGUCAACAAACUACCGGCUACUUUCAAUAGCGCCAAAAUGAAUGUUCUCCAUCACUAUCUUCAAUUCCAAAUCAAACAACAGAAUCACUAUGACUUGGAGAAGUUCAAACAGUACUGCCAGUUGCCACGUAGCACCUGGUACUACAUCGAAACAACCACUGCUACCUCACAACCAGCAAACUUGGCACAAUUCAGCAAGGACUAUCUACACGAAACGAUUCCAACGAUCACCAGAGACGAGGAUGAAGAGUUGCUCAAGAAAUUCUUUAGAAAGAUCUUCCAGACUGAGAAAUCGAUCGAUGACUACCUCAAGUAUUUCCGUCCGACCUUUUUGAAACCGUUGUUUGCCGAGGUGAAGCUGCUUGCCAAUCAAGGUGAACUCGAGAAAUGGUAUCAGCUACUCGACCACACUGCAGUCCAGGAACUGAAGGAGCGUGUCGACAUCUUAUUCGAUCCAGCAAAUCCAACCUAUUUCCACCCGGACGACGCCGUCAUCAUUAAAUGCGCCAUCAAGAACGUACAACAUCUCUUAGUCAAGGUAUUCGAGAUCAAUACUUACAACUACUACAAAGCGGAACAGAAACAGUUGGAUACAGCUAUUAAACUCGAUGGUUUGGUUGCCAAUCAGGAGUAUACUUUCGCUUACACCGAGCCACCCAUCCAAUCGGUGGAACGUUCCUUUGACUUCCCAACUCUCAAAGGUAGACGUGGUUUGUUUGUCAUUGAGUUCAUUGGCAAUGGUAAAUCGAGUCGUGCCAUCAUCAAGAAGGGUGGAUACAACUACUUGUCGGCAGUCAAUCAGAACGGUCAGUUGAUUCAUGUGUUGGAUGAAGACUCUGUAAAGAUCACCAAGUGUAGCGUCACCAUCGAUGGCAACGUCUACAAGAGUGACGAGAAGGGUGACAUCACAGUACCAUUCUCUGCCAACGCCGGACAUACCAACAUCAUCUUAACAGCCGAUGAUUUCUCAACCUUUGAUUCAUUCAAUCGUAAGAGUGAAACCUACAAACUCGAUGGUGGAAUCUACUUGGAGAACUCUACAUUCAUUCAAGGUGAGAAAGCACCUAUUGUCGUACGUGGAAAACUUUACCUUAAUGGUACUCAAAUAUCAAUUUCAAACCUUGAAGAUACUAUUUUAACAAUUACAACAACUGAUAGUUCUGAACAAAAGAUUGUAACAACUAAAGAAGUUAAGCCAUUCCCAUUGUCAGAUAAAGAGGAAUCUAGUUAUUUGUUCAAGGUACCAGAGAAUGUAGGAAAGGUUGCUGUUAAAUUCCAAGCAAGAGUAAAGGAUUUGAGUGGUGCUGCAAACUACAAGGAUUUAUCAUUCCAAAAUGAAACACCAAUCAACUCUAUCAAUGAAACCGAUCAAAUCACUAAUAUUCAUCUGAGCUACGCCAAAGAUGGAUACAAAUUGAAUGUCAUUGGUAAGGGUGGUGAACGUGUUGCAAACAAACAAGUAUCAGUCGCUAUCACCCAUGUCAUCUCAAGACAAGAUAUCAAUGAAAUGUUACAAUCUGAUAAAGAUGGUAUUAUUCAUUUAGGUCAAUUACAUGAUGUUGAAUCAAUUAUCGUUUAUGCCGAAACAUCAUUCACUUUUGUUAUUGGAAAUCGUUUGUUAAAUCGUUACCCAUCAACAAUUUAUUCAAAGAGUGGGGAUACAAUUACUAUUCCAUAUUUCGGAAAUGAAUCGACUGUUACUCGUUCGGCUUUCAAUUUGUAUGAAGUUAGACGUGGCUAUGUUGUCUCUGACUUGUUGAGUCAGGUGCAUUUGGAUAAGGAGAACAAAGAGAUACAAAUUUCAAAGUUGGCGCCUGGUCUCUACUAUCUGAUUGUCUACGGUCCAUACAGUUUGAUCCAAAUCGAGGUGUGUGAUGGUGAUAUCAAGGAAGGAUUCAUUGUUAAUAGUUCAAGAGCACUCUCAUACCACUCUUCGUUGGUUCAUGGAUUGAACGUCAAUGCGAGCACCGCCGCCGAUAAGAAGAACUUGGAAAUCUCUGUGAGAAACGCAUCACCUUCAACAAGAGUACAUGUCAUCUCUAGCUAUUUCGUUGCCAAGCCAACCACCGAUUCGUUAUCUUGUGGAGCCACCCCGACACUCCAACAAAACUUUGCAAAAGUUGACUCCUCUUAUUUUAGUGGUCGUGCUCUUGGUGAUGAAAUCACUUAUAUUCUCAAUAGAAAGCUUGCCAAGAAUACACUACCAGGUAAUUCUUUGAAGAAACCAUCGCUUCUGCUCCAGCCAUGGUCUGUAGGAAAGACAACUCAACAGAAAGAGUCGCUAAAAGAAGCUGCCGACUACAGAAGUGUUGCUCCAAUGCAACGUUUCGCAUCGAAUGCCGCUCCCAUCGCUAGAAUGACCAGUCAAACACACAGCUAUUCAAGCUACUUGGAGUUCCUUAACAGUCCAUCCACUGUCAUCUUGAAUUUGGUACCCGAUGCCAAGGGUAACAUUGUUGUUCCACUCUCUCAGUUGUCAGGCUCCGGUCAACUCGUUCAGAUUACCGCAGUCGACAAUGAAAAAGUUGUCUCACGUGAAGUUGUUAUCGACCAUACCGAUGCAUCGUUUAAGGAUACCAGUUUGAUUCGUUCACUCGAUGCUCAAGCUCAUUUCACCGAGAAGAAGUUGAUCACCACUGUUCCAGCCGGUCAGGAAUUCACUAUCUCCAAUGCUGACUCUGCCAAAUUUACAAUCUAUGAUACUCUCUCCAAGUUCCUAUCGUUGGUCAAGACAAUCGCGCCAUCCGAUCAACUUCAAGAUUUCUCUUUCGUUGUUGAUUGGGAAUCACUAAGCCAGGAGCAAAAGAAUGAAAAGUUCUCCAAGUUCUACUGUCAUGAACUCGCCUUUUUCAUUUACAAGAAGGAUAAAAAGUUCUUUGAGCAAGUUGUCAAACCAUUCGUUUCAUCCAAGAUGCACAAGACAUUCAUGGACAACUAUCUCUCUGGUGACUACGAACGUUUGGUCAAAUAUCUUACUAGUUCCGUCGAGUUCAAUCGUUUGAAUGUCGUAGAGAAGAUCUUGCUUGCCGAAGUAUUCCCUGAACAUGCCAAGAAUAUUGAAACAUCGAUCGUUGAUGCAGUGCAAUACAACCCAUUGGCACCGAUUCGUUAUGAUAAGUUGUUCAAGAUUGCAUUGUCACUCGAUGCAUUGGAUGAAGAUGAUAUCAGUGAUCUUAGAGAGUAUGGAUCAGAUGAAAAAGAAGAAGAAGAUGAUGAUGAUGAUUUGGAGAAUGAUGAGUAUAUGGCUGAGGAAAGCGAAGGAUUCAGUUCUUCAGAUCACAAGAAAUCGAAAUCCAAGAAAAUGGUUCUAGGAGGUGUUGGUGGUGGCGCAAGAAAUAGAAUGAUGCCGAUGGCAAUGGCUGCGGAAUCAGUCGAUUGCACACCAAAUUACAUGAGAUCAGCUGCUCCUCCAGGUGCGAUGUCAUUCGCUUCAUUAGCGCCCGCUCCAGUGCCACCAAGUUACGGUGAGAGUGCCAUGAUGGAAAAGAGAAGAGUUGCACCCGCUCCAAUCUACAAGGAGAUCGAAAAGACCGAAGAAUGGGCAGAGACCUACUACUACAAAGUCAAUUACAACGAUCCACAAAUAGUAUCCAGCAAUGAAUUCUGGAGAGAUUACGUUCAAUACAUUGUUGCCCAGCACAACAACAAUAACAAUGAGAAUGACAAUCAACAGCCUUUCUUGAGUAGAUACAUUACACUACCAACUGGUUUCACAGCAUCGUUGUUUGCUCUUUCUGUUUUGGAUCUUCCAUUCUCAACCAAAGAUAAGGAUUCCAUUAGAAAUCGUGAUGGUAAAGUAAGUUUCACUCCAACCAGUUCCGUUAUUGUUUUCCAUCAAGAGUUGGUUCGUGCUCCUUUGAACGCCGAUUCUAAUGUUUUGGUUAGCCAACAUUUCUUUGAUCCAGCCAACCGUUAUUCAUAUGAAUCUAACGAGCAAAACGAGAUCUACGUCAGCCAAGAAUUCCUCACUAGCAAGGUGUAUGGUGCUUUGGUUGUUGUCGCAAAUCUUUCAUCGAAACAAAAGAAGUUGGAUGUUCUUCUCCAAAUUGCAAAGGGAUCGGUUCCAAUCGGCCCAAAUCCAUUCUACACUCGUGGCGAAUCGAUUGAGCUCUCACCGUAUUCCACUCAUAGCUUUGAGUACUUCUUCUACUUCCCAAAGACCGGUCAAUUCCCUCACUUCCCUGCACACAUCUCUGAGAAGGACAAGAUCAUCUCAUCGGUAGAACCAUUCACCUUCAAUGUUGUCUCAUCGCCAACCAUUGUUAAUCAACUGUCAUGGGAGUACAUUGCCAAUCACGGUACUAACCAAGCGAUCUUGGAAUACAUCAACAAGGAGAACAUCAACCGUAUUUCAAUCCAUCAUCUCUAUCCAAAGUUGACCAACUAUGAAUUCUGGAAGCAAGUAGUUGAACUUCUUAAAUCUAAGAAACAUUUCGACUACACUGUUUGGUCGUUCACCAUCUUCCACAAGGACUCUCACUACUGUCAGGAUUUCUUGAAUAAUUCAUUCGGUUCCAUUCCAGUUGGUGAUGUCAUUGUCAGUCCAUUGCUGACCUCUCACCCAUUGGAGAGAGGUGAUUUCUCCUACCUCGAAUACUCACCUCUGGUCAACGCUAGAACUCAUCAACUCGGUGAGAAGCGUACCAUUUUGAAUGACAAACUCAGUCAACAGUAUAAGAAAUUCUGUAAACUCUUGACCUACACUGUCAAUCCAUCGGAUAGAGACUUGCUCUCGUUGGUCUACUAUCUCCUCACUCAGGAUCGUUACGAAGAGACCGUCAAGAUCAUGAAGAGAGUCGGCACUUCACCGGAAGUCGCCAUCCCACUAUCACCGGCACUUCCAUCGCCAGCCAUCUCCGAGGCAUUGGAAUUCCCACCAAAACUCGGUGACAAUGAUAAGAAGAGAAAGAUGUCUGCCGAGGAGAAGCAACAGGAGAAGGAGGAAAAGAAGCGUGAAAAGGAGAGAAUCAAAGAGGAGAAGAAGAAGGAGAAGGAAGACAAGAAGCGUGAGAAAGAAGAGAGAAAGAAGAAGGAAGACGAGGAAAAGAAGUUAAGAAAACUCGCCAAGAAGUCAAAGACCGACGCUUCUCCAUCGACACCAACACAAGAAGUAGCUCAUGGUAUUUCAUCGGUAUCGAUUUCCCUCUCGACAACAGCAGACGACGACGCUGCAACCUCAUCCACAGAAUGCAUCGAUGUCCAUGAGUUUAACGAACCAUCUUGCUUGCCAGACCUCCAGGUCCAAUACGACUACCUCAUUUCCUACCUCGAUUUCUUCAACGCAGCGCCAACCAAAGCAAAAGAAAUCGCAGAGAAAUACAAGAACUUCCCUGUCCAACGUUGGAAUGCACUCUUCCGUGACCUCUACAACAAGAUCCAGCAGGUCAACGACAAUGCCACCGACGCCAUGGAAGUCGUGGAAUCCGAGAAUGACCGUGACCGUCGUCAUGCCAAGCUCGUCAGUACCGAACCAUCGUUCGACGUCAACCUCGAAGCCAACAGAACGAUCUCUGUCAACUACAGCAAUCUCAGCGACAUCAGCGUCAGCUACUACAUCAUGGAUAUCGAGUUGUUGUUCUCAACCAACCCAUUCGUGCAACAAGAGAUGGGACAAUUCCUCUACAUCUCACCAAACAAGAAGGAAUCGUUCCCAUUGCAAGAGAAGAACGGAUCGUUUGUCAUUAACAUCCCAGAGGAAUUCAAGAACUCAAAUAUCGUAGUUGAUUGUCACUCGGCAGGUAUUCAUCACAAUCUCACAGUAUACUCCAACAACAUCGCAGUUCAGAUCACAGAGAAGGCAGGACAACUCAGAGUCAUCGAAAGACAAACCAAGAAACCAAUUGCAAAGGCUUACAUCAAGGUCUACGAGAAGAACAAGUCAUCUGGAAAUGUUCAAUUCUGGAAAGACGGUUACUCUGAUAUCGCCGGUUACUUUGACUACAGCAGUGUAUCCACCGGCAACAUCAACGAAGUAUCGAAAUUCUCCAUACUCGUUCUUCACAAUCAAUUCGGUGCAUUAAUCAAAGAAGCAAAGCCACCCGCUAACUAA